AAAAUUAAUUUUGUUUUUUUUUACUGUUUUUUUUUUCUUUUAGUUUUGUAUAGUAACAUUUUAAAAUUGUGAAUAAUUAACUGAUUACUUAUUAUGUGGUUCAAUUUUAGUUAUAAAAGUUUUGGACGAAUAUGAGAUUUUUAAAUCAAAAUGGCAUUUCCAGUAUUCAACAAUAUUGCCGCUGUUCUCCAAAUAAAUACUAUUAGUAUUCCGACAAAUACAAUCAUAAGAAAAUAUUAAGAAAACUGAAAAAAUAAUUGAAAAUUUAUAAAAUAAAAAUAUAAUAAAUAAAUAAAAAAAAAUUUUUAAAUACCUGCAAUAAUUUCAUAUUUGAAUAAAAGCGAAAAUUAGAAAAUAGAAAUAAAUUUCUAUACUGUCAUAGACAACAAAGAUUUUUCCAUAAUUUAAAUUAUAAUUUUAAAAAAUUUUUAUUAAUUUUACACAAAACAUUACCAAAAACGCUUAAUAAUUAUUAUUCAAUUGUUUGAUUUGAAGACACAAAACAAAAACAAUAAUUUUUUAAAAUAAUCUACUAAAAAAAAAAGAAUUAAUAAAAAAAUAUACAAAAUGAAAAAUCGUACAUCUGGCUACAGUUCGGAUAAUGAAAAUUCAUCAAAAAAACAGCAAGAUUUAAGUAUACUUAGAAAACCAAUUUUAACAUCGAUAACUGGUUUCUUAGAGGCUAAACGUGCUUUCGAGAAUGGAACAGAAGAAAUAAGAAGACUAUUGAGUCGUGAAUGUGACAUUUUAUAUGAAUGUAAGACUUGCCGCAAUGUUUUUCGAAGUUUAACAAAUUUCAUUAGCCAUAAAAGAGUGUAUUGCCGUGAUUUUUAUAAUAAUACUUUUGACAUAAAUAGAAAUGGUUUUAUAGAUCAAGACAUCUCAACAAUAAUACAAGCUGAAGAAGAAUACACAAAUUCUUAUAAGUCCAAUAAUAAUCAUAAAACUUCAAAAAAGAAUAUUAUAUCAUCAACCAAUAUUAAUAGUAAUAAUAAUAACAAUAACAAUAAUAACCAACAAACCUCAAACAAUAAUAACAAUAACAAUAACAUAGAAAAAUCAAAUAAAGACUUAACUAGUAUUAUAGAACGUUUAAUUAAUCGUGAGCAAAAAAAUCGUACACUUAGAUUAUCUGAUUUUUAUGAACAAGUUGAUUUAAAAUUAACACAAGAAGAAAUAUUAAAGAAAAAUCAUAUAUUACAAUUGGAUGGUAUACCAAAUAGUAAUGUAGCUGUUUAUCAAACUGUUAAAAAAGAGGAUUGUGAUAAUAUUAAAAAGGAAAUACUUGAAAUAAAUGACAUUGUAAAUUGCAAAACUAUUUUGGGACCUGAUGGAAAACUUUUGGAUACAGACAAUUACAAUUGUAAUGAUGAAAAUCAUUGUAAUAUAACAAAUAGCACAACAAAUGAAACGAAAAUUGCCAAAGGAAUUGAAAAUAAUUUGAAUGAAAAAAAUAUAAUAUGUGAAAUAUGUAAACUAAAAUUUUCAACCGAAAAAACUUUAAAACUUCACAUUCAAACAAAACAUAUACUUUCUACUUAUGUAUAUCAAUGUCCAUCCUGUUCUCAAACAUUUUUAAAACCAUCAGAAGUUAUAAGACAUUUGAGUAAUGAUCACAAAAAAUCAUUACGACGUAUACGUCAAAUGAGAGAAACGAUUUUCAAAAGACGCAUGAGAAUUGAUGAAGUACAAGUAAAAGGCCCUAGUCGUGAAUUAGCUCGUCUUCAAGGAAAUCAAAUAGAUAAUAUUGAUGCUGAGAACCCUCGGGCUUGGAUAGAUAACAUUGAUCGCUCACCAAGAAAUUCUCCUUUGUGUAACUAUUGUGGGAAAAAAUUUGAAAGACGGGCUGUAUUAACUACACAUUUACAAACUUGUACAGCUAAACAUCGACAAACUCCUACACUUAUAAGUAAAAAACUAAAUGAAUUAACUUUUUCAAGAGAAAACUCUUCAACUUCACGUAGUUCAACAUCAUCGCCUGCAAAUAAUAAUAGUAUAACAAAUGGCAAUCCAGUUAGUUCCAAUACAAGUGCAACAAGUUCUCUGUUAGCUUUUGCUGCUAAAUCAAUUGCCAAUGCCACUUUUGAACCAAUUAAAUCUGAUGAAACUAAAAUCGGUUUCAAUUCCAGCAACAAAAUAAUUGAAGCUAGUAAACCAAGAAUUGAGGAAAGUGUAGCUGAAAGCAUCAAUAAAAGAAAACGUCGUAAACCAGAAACAAUUAUAAUUAGAAAAAGUGAACUAGUUUUAAAGUCAAUCAAAGAAGAUCAGAAUAUUGAAAGUGUUAUAUCGGACUUAAAAAAUACAAAACUUGAUCAAAAAAACGUCAUAAAAAAAUCAAAGCAAAUUCCUGAUUUAAAUACAAUCAAAGAAAUUCAAGUAAAUGGAAAUCUGGAAACAAAAGAUAUUUUAAUUCCUGAAACUAUUGAGAAAAGUAUAAUCCAAAUGAAACAACAAGAAAAAAAUGCACCUAGCUCUUCAGUUGUUUUCAAAAAGCGGGAUUUUAACAGGGAAAAAUUUUUAAAACUAGUCACUCCACGCAAAGAUUUAAUUUUUUACUGUCGAAUUUGCAAAAAGGCUUUUAGCGCCCUAAGCAAUUUAAGGCGUCACAUUUCAAUGUUUCAUUACAGACGUCGUAAAUUUGGGUGCCAUAUAUGUCCUUAUAGAGCUUUUCGGAAAUAUGAUGUUGUUAAUCAUUUGAAUUCUGCACAUUCUCUUACAGGAGAACAAAAUUUAGAUCAAAUUUUAGUGGCGGAAGAUAAUUACGGUAAAGACGAUGUCGAUGGAGAUAUUAUAAUUUCUGAUAACGGGGAAUUUAAAGGUGAAAAAGAGGAAGAUAUUGAAAAUAUUAAAGCAGAUAUAGCUAAAGCCAAUAUGGUAAAAAAUAAAAUGCAUCAUUUGAAUAAAGACGAAAAUUAUAUCGCAAAAAAUUCAUCUGGGAAAAAAGGACGUAAGCCAAAAGAGCCUUACGUUAUUAAAAAUAUGCGUGCUCCUGUCGAAAAUAGUAUCCCAUUAGAAAACAUUCAAUCACCCGUAGAUGUUAUUAAUCCAGCUCCAGGUGACACUAUUGAAAUUGAUUUGAAAAUAGUUCCUAUUGAAGAAACGAAUGUUGGGAAACUAUAUCCAAACGUGAUAAUUAAUUCUAAUGAAUCCGCUAAUACAACAGAAAACGAUAAGAUUAGCAACGUAGAAAACUCUGAAAAAUGUUUGGAAAAAAAUAAUGAAGAAGAGGAUGGAGUAGAUAAAAUACCAGGCAGCAUCAAACGUUCCGAUUCUAUUUUGUCAAUAUCAUCAAAUGAAGAUCGAACUGGUUUAACAAUUAAUACUUCUAGUGCAAGUCCAACUUUGAAAAGACCUAUUCGAAAUCGUGUGAAACCUGUUAAAAAAGACUUUGUAUAUGAUUUGUCUAACUUUCUCAAAAAAGAUAUGCUCUGUAUUGAAAGGGAGUCAUUUAGUUUUGGUAAAGCGACUGGAAAACGCCGAAAUAUAAUAGUAAAUUUAGACGAUAGCAGUAGAGAAAGCAGCUCUUCAAAUAGUACAAUCAGUAGUAGUUCAUCAAAUAAUGUGAACAAUGUAAUAAAUAAAACGAGUUCAACGGAUGAUGAAAGACGAAAAUUGGUGUCCAAGAGUGUAGCAAAUACAAGUUCUCAAUCCUCAACUUUGGAGAACAAAAACACUUAUUUGAAUAACACUGCGGAUCCUUGCAUAUUAAAUACAAAGUAUUCACCAAGUAUGAAUCAACUUAAAAAAGAGCAAAGUACUCAGUCGUCUUUAGAAAUUGAUCCAAAAAGUAAAAUAUUGAAUAUCAGUAACGGAAUAGAUAAAACGUCACCUAAUUUUACAAAUUUGUUUAAGAGUUUUGAAGAUUUGAAAAAAGUAAAGCAUGUAAGGCGAACCUCAGAUGAUUCCGUCAUAAGACUUUUUAAUAAAAAACGUAAGUUAACUGACUUCGCAGACUUAGCUUCUAUGUCAGAUUCAUCUCUUUCGACUGCUGGCGGUCUUUCAAAUAAAAUAGAAGUUAACGUGAACGGAACGGUAACCGAAAAUUUAAAACCAGAGAAAUCUCUAGAAAAUGCUUUGGUUAAUAAUUUUGUAGGGGGACAAAUAAAUAAUAAUAAAGAAAUGAUUAAAAAUGUGCCAAAUGAAAUAAAACCUAUCUUAAAUUUAAAUCAAAACAGAAUCUCUGAAAUACAACAAAAUUGUGAGGAAAAAUAUGUAAUUAAAUGUCCGAGCGAUAAAGAGUUUCAAGAAUAUUUAAUGAAAAAUGAUCUUUCUGAACCUGUUAAAAAAAUUAAUUUAGCUGCAGUUCUUGAACAACAAGAGAACGAUUCCGUAAAAACUGAUUCAACAUUACAUCAACAAAAUUCAUUACUUGUAAGUGGAAAACGUAUAACUUUACUACAAAGGUUAGCUGAUAAUAAAAAUAAAAAAAUGCAAGAAAGUUUGUUAAGAAACGCAUUGGAAAAUUAAAAAUUACAUUUCUAGAAUUUUAGGUAGUUUUGUUUUGAAGAUUUUCAACAAAUAUAGAAAAUUAUUAUUAAUUAUGUAUAAUAUGACUGAAUUUAAUUAAUUUGAAUUUUAUUUCCUUUUUUAUAUGUACCUUCUUCAAUUGAAAAUGUAUCUGAAUUAGAACAUGAAUAACUUAUAAAUUCUUUUUAUUUUAAUUUAUGUUUAAUUUUUGUGUAAUUUUCAAAAACAAAUAAUAUUGCCAUAAUAAUA